AUGGGUGCUUCGUUGUGCUCAACAGCCCUUGACAGAAUUUCUCAGAUCGGCGGCCAGAUCUCUGGCAACCCUACCGCCGGCGGCCGCGACAGAAUCCUGGAGAAGCGCCCCGACGAUGUUGUCGUCACUGCUGCUUGCCGAAGCGCCUUCACCAAGGGUGGCAAGGGUGGCUUCAAGGACACCCAGGCCGCCGACAUCAUGGCUGGUGUUUUCAAGGCCGUCAUCGACCGAUCAAAGAUCAACCCCGCCCUCGUUGAGGAUAUCGCCGUCGGAACCGUCCUCGCCCCCGGCGGUGGUGCUACCGAGAUGCGCGCCGCCAGUUUGUUGGCCGGCUUCCCCGAGACCACUGCCGUCCGAACCCUCAACCGCCAGUGCUCAUCCGGUCUUCAGGCCUGCAUUGACGUUGCCAACCAGAUCAGGGCAGGCAUGAUUGACGUUGGUAUUGGUGCCGGCGUCGAGAGCAUGUCUCUGAACUAUGGUCCCUCUGCCGUCAGCGAAUUCUCCGAGGCUUUGGAGGCCAACGAGGAGUCAGCCAACUGCAAGGUUCCCAUGGGCGUUCUGUCCGAGGACAUGGCCAAGGACCUCAAGAUUGCUCGUGCCGACCAGGACAAGUUCGCCGCCUCCUCGUACCAGAAGGCCGUCAAGGCCCAGAAGGAGGGUCUCUUCAACGACGAGAUCGUUCCCCUCAAGGUCAAGUUCGAGGACCCCAAGUCCGGCGAGACCAAGGAAAUCACCGUCGCCCGCGACGACGGCGUCCGCGACGGCAUCACGGCCGAGUCCCUCGCCAAGAUCAAGCCUGCCUUCGCCGCCGACGGCAGCAUCCACGCCGGUAAUGCCUCCCAGAUCUCCGACGGCGCCGCCGCCGUCCUCCUCAUGAAACGAUCCACCGCCGAGAAGCUCGGCCAGACCAUCAUCGGCAAGUACGUCGCCGGAGCCGUCGUCGGCGUCAAGCCGCUGCUCAUGGGCCAGGGUCCCUGGAAGGCCAUCCCCAAGGCCCUCGACCUCGCCGGCAUCUCCAAGGACGAUGUCGACAUCUACGAGAUCAACGAGGCCUUUGCCAGUCAGUGCCUCUGGUGCGCCAAUGAGCUCCAGAUCCCCCACGAAAAGAUCAACCCCAAGGGCGGUGCCAUUGCUUUUGGCCACCCUCUGGGCUGCACCGGUGCCCGCCAGGUUUCUACCCUCCUUUACGAGCUGAAGCGAACGGGCAAGAAGGUCGGCAGCACUAGCAUGUGUGUCGGCACUGGUAUGGGCAUGGCCGCCGUCUGGGUCGCCGAGUAA